GUCGGAUUGGUAGCUUGUUUUGCAAGAGUUCAGAAUACGAGGUCCGAAAAUCGCAUUGAGUUGGCAAAAGUAAUUGCUGCAUUUUCAAGAAUGACAAUUGAAGAUUUAAGAAAAUUAUUUUCUGCUGAAACAUACCCUUCUUGGAUUGUCCUCGCACAAAGACAAAAGUUAGAAUGGCUUAAUCACAAUCUUGAGAAGCUGUGGCCAUAUAUUAACGAGGCAUCAGCAGGAGUGAUUAGAACAAAAGUGGAGCCAACCCUUCAGGAGCACCGUUCCCGCCUUAUAGCUGAUCUCAAAUUUUCUAAGUUGACAUUGGGCACUGUUGCUCCAAAAUUCACAGGAGUUUCAAUAAUUAAUAGUGAUCCCAAUGAGAUUAUUAUGGAGAUGGAGGUGCAGUGGGAUGGAAAUCCACGCAUUGUGCUUGAUAUUAGCACUAAAGUUGGAGUAUCAAUACCAAUAGAAGUUAAAGACAUCAGUUUUACCGGUGUUUUCAGGAUAAUAUUCAAACCACUAGUGGAAGAAUUCCCAUGUUUUGGAGCACUAUCUUACUCCUUACGUAAAAAAGAAAAACUAAACUUCCGGCUCAAAGUUGGUGGCAAUAUCUCUACUACUAUUCCUGGCCUACUAGAUGCUCUUAAGAGUACAAUACUAGAUUCAAUUGAAGAUUCCAUCACAUGGCCAGUGCGUCAAAUCAUUCCCAUAGUACCUGGAGAUUAUAGCGAUUUGGAGUUAAAGACGGUGGGAAUAUUAAAGGUGAAGCUUAUCCAAGGGAAAGAACUAACUAAUAAAGACUUCAUUGGGAAAUCAGAUCCAUUUGCAGAGGUUUUCAUUCGUCCACAACUUCACAAAAUCAAGACUAGCAAAGUUAUUAACAACUCAGUAAACCCGAUCUGGAACGAGAAUUUUGAGUUUGAAGUAGAAGAUGCAUCUACUCAACACUUGACUAUAAUGGUUUAUGAUGAUGAGGGCAUUCAGGAUUCUGAAUUUAUUGGAUGUGCCCAAACGCAGUUAAAGGACAUUGAGCCUGGAGAAGUGAAGAGUAUAUGGUUGAAACUAGUGAAAGAUUUAGAAAUUCAAAGGGACACAAAAAAUAGAGGCCAGAUUCAAUUGGAGUUGCUUUACUGUCCCAAUGGCACAGAGAGCACUAUUUAUAAGAGCUAUCACAACCCUGGAUUUAGACUAACUGACUUUGAGAAGGCACUUCUGCCAGAUGUGACCACACAUAAUAUAGACGACAGUCUCCAAUUCCGAGGUGUCCUGCGUUUGACUGUAAUAAAGGCAGAGGAUUUACCAGCGACAGGCCGCCUUCAAAGAUGUGAUCCAUACGUAUUAAUAAAACUGAAAAAGUCAGAGCGAGAAGAGACAACUAGAGUUGCGAUCAAGACACUUAAUCCAGUUUGGGACCAAACAUUUGACUUUGUCAUUGAGGAUGGAUUGCAUGAUCUACUCAUAUGUGAAGUUUGGGACAAUCACACGUGUAGAAAACAAAAAGUCGGGCGAUGCAUCACGACACUCACCAAAGUUUUACUGAAAACCGAACUUACUGAUUGCUUCGAGCUUGAUGGAGCAGUGACUGGGAAGCUACACUUGACACUUAAAUGGACACCUCAACCAAUAAUCCUUUGACUGAUUCUUCUGAACAAUGACAUUCUCUUAUUGAAAAAGGAUAGUAAGGCUUAAAUAUAUCUGCCAACGAUGACAACACUAGAUGUUCACACUCCACAGAAGAGCGUAAAAUAAAGCCAAAAGAAACUUGGACUUAUAAAGAUGUCAACAUGUCAACAACAACAUGGUUUGAACUUUGAACGAGUCAACUAGGGACGAUAAUAUGAUAUUGGUAUUGAAAUUUGAAUGUAAAUUGGUAUCAAUGUUUUAAAAACAAUGGUAUACAUGAGUACUACAAGAACAAAUAAAAACUCACCUUCC